AUGUUCAGCAAGGCUCUUACCUCGGCCAUCGUGGCCCUCGCUGCCACCCGCAUGGUCUCGGCCCAGACCUUCACUGACUGCGACCCCCUCGAGAAGGAAUGCAGCCCUGAUGCUGCCUUUGGCAAGAAUGGCGUGAGCUGCGACUGGACCAAGGGCGACUGCAAGGCCUUUGAGGAGCUCCCAGGAACCACCGUCUCCUACGACGGCAAGGGUGCCCUCUUCACAAUCGAGAAGGAGUCCAACGCGCCCACCAUGGCCACCCACAAGCGCAUCUUCUUUGGCCGCGUCGACGUCGAGCUCAUCGCCGCCGCUGGACAGGGCAUUGUCACCUCGCUCGUCUUCGAGUCGGCUGACCUCGACGAGAUUGACUGGGAGUGGGUUGGCGGUGACAAUGAGCAGGUCCAAACCAACUACUUUGGCAAGGGCGAUACCACAACCUACGACCGUGGCGCCUACCACCCCGUCUCCAGCCCCCUGACCACUGCCCACACGUACUCGAUCGACUGGACCAAGGACCGCAUCAACUGGGAGAUUGACGGUGCGGUCGUCCGCACCCUGACCUACGAGGAGGCCAAGGGCGGCUCGCGCUACCCCCAGACCCCCAUGGAGAUCAAGAUCGGCACCUGGGUCGCCGGCGGCAAGAACAGUGCCAAGGGUACCGUCGAGUGGGCGGGUGGUUACACCGACUUCGACAAGGCCCCCUUCAACGCCUACUACAAGUCCAUCUCCAUUGUCGACUACGCUGGCGGUGAUGCCCCCUGCACCGACGACAUCAAGGAGUACGUCUGGACCGACCACUCUGGCUCCUGGGAGUCGAUCAAGGUGGUCAAGGGCGACGGGUCCUCUGACGAUUCCAAGGACGAGCAGGACGACUCCGAGGAUGACGAGGAGACCACCACGUCGGCGACCAAGUCCAAGACCAAGACCGCUGUCAAGACCUCCACCUCCGAGGAGGCCUCCUCCUCCGCUGAGUCCACCGCUGAGGCAUCCUCCACCCCCGUCUCUGUCACCACCAUGACCACCGUGAGCGCUACCCCCACGCCCACCGAGGAGGCCACACACAGCACCACCGAGACCGCUGAGGAGACCACCGCCGACGGGUCGGAAGAGGCCACCACCACCGGCGCUGCUGAGCCCAGCACCAUCCCCGACUCGGAUGGCGCUGCUGCCGGCGUCCUCGCCAACUUUGGCCGCGUCGCCUUUGCCGGUGCCGCUGCCGUCGCCGCUGCCCAGCUCUUCUAA